GGUAGGGGAUUGUUCCAAUGGAUAAAAAUUCCGCCACGGCAACCUCAAAUCGCCGCAUAAGGUUAACUGUUAUUAUUUUGGACGAUGAAAUUUACAUUUUCAAAACUCGCCGAUUGAUAUUUGAUUAGACCACGUCGGGCUCUAGAAAAAUCAACCCCCGGCGCACGUUAGCUCCACCGCAGCCACUUCGGACUUCGGUCACCUUCCCUUCCACGAAAAAGCCCAUUCUAUAUUAUAUAAAGCACAAAAAAAAAAAAAAACUCUCUCCAGGAAGUUGUAUUCUGUUUCGUCUCGACGGUGCUAAUUUUGUUUGAAAAACUUAUAGCUUAUUUGGGGCUUUUAAGAUAUAAAAGUUAGUAGGAAGUUGAACUGUAUAAGGGGAUAUUGUCCUCCUAAAGGAAUUUUGACCCUUUUUGAAAGGAUGACGCGUGUUGCUUCUAUGCAAUUUUCUCAUGAACUGAAAAUUUGCAAUAGUCAUGGAUGCGGUAGACAGCAUAUUGGUGUGAUGGAAAAAGGCCGAUUGCAUUUGGUUAAUAUCAAUCCUUCCUCACAUGCUAUGCGACAGGAUGCUUGGAGUCUUCAUCUUUUGAGCAGUGUCUGUAUGCCAAUAAGACCUGUAUCUUCCAGGUCUAAUGUCAAUGUCUGCCGAUGUAUUCUAACAUCUACUGGGGGAAAUGAGAUUCCUAUCCUAAAAUCUGCUAGUAUGGUUUUGUCAAGGACAUAUGGUACUUUACAUGGAGGCCUUAUUGUACCCCGGUUGAUCCCAGCAGUGGGGAUUAUUGCUUUUGCUGCGUGGGGACUUGGGCCACUUAUACGGCUGUGCAGGGUUAUCUUUUUCCAUAGGAGUGAUAGCAGUUGGAAGAAAAGUAGAACAAAUCAUAUUAUUAGCUAUUAUCUUCGACCUGUGCUGCUGUGGACUGGAGCGACACUCAUCUGCAGAGCGUUAGAUCCAGUAGUUUUACCCUCAGAAGCAAGCCAGGCUGUUAAGCAACGACUUUUAAAUUUUGUGCGAUCAUUAUCGGCAGUGCUAGCUUUUUCUUAUUGUUUGUCAAGCUUGAUUCGACAGGCACAAAAAUUCUUUAUGGAGAUGAAUGACUCUAAUGAUGCAAGAAAUAUGGGCUUUGAUUUUGCUGGAAAAGCAGUUUAUACUGCUCUAUGGGUCGCUGCUGUAUCAUUAUUCAUGGAGUUGCUCGGUUUUUCUACACAGAAGUGGGUAACUGCUGGAGGACUUGGCACAGUGUUAAUCACCCUUGCGGGUCGUGAGAUUUUUACAAAUUUUCUCUCAAGUGUGAUGAUCCAUGCAACAAGGCCAUUUGUUCUCAAUGAAUGGAUUCAAACUAAUAUUGAAGGCUAUGAAGUUUCAGGGACAGUUGAGCAUGUUGGAUGGUGGUCACCAACAAUUAUAAGAGGUGAUGACCGUGAGGCAGUUCACAUUCCAAACCACAAGUUUACAGUGAAUGUUGUGAGGAAUCUUAGCCAGAAAACCCAUUGGCGCAUCAAGAAUUACUUUGCCAUUAGUCACUUGGAUGUUAACAAGAUAAAUAAUAUAGUAGCUGAUAUGCGGAAGGUUUUAGCCAAAAAUCCUCAAGUAGAGCAGCAAAGAUUGCAUAGAAGAGUAUUUUUGGAAAGUAUCAAUCCAGAAAACCAGGCUCUUAUGAUUUUGGUAUCUUGUUUUGUGAAAACCUCACAUGUUGAAGAGUACCUCUGUGUUAGGGAAGCCAUACUCUUGGAUCUUCUCAGAGUUAUUAGCCAUCAUCAGGCCCGGCUUGCCACCCCUAUCCGCACAGUUCAGAAAAUGUACAGCGAGGCUGAAGUAGAAGAUGUACCAUUUGCUGAUACCAUUUUCAGACGUUCUGGAGUAGCUACUAACCGUCCACUUCUCCUCAUUGAACCCUCUUAUAAAAUCAGUGGUGAUGACAAAGUCAAAGCUUCAACACGUGCAAAUGAAGAAAAAGAUUCCAUGGAGGAAGCAACCUCAACAUCUGACUCAAAGGCAAAUACUUUGUCUCGACCAACAUCUAUUAUUGACUCCAAGGUAGAUAAGGCUACGUCACCAUCACUUAGUAACUCCAGUUCAAGUUCAAAAGUGUCAUCAUCUGAGGCCCAAACUGGGAAUCCGGUGCCUGAUGGUUCAGCUGAAGUCAACUCUGAAAAGCAGUUCGAACAGAGCAGGGGAGAAACUUGGAAGGUGUCAGGCUCAGGAAGGGAGAUGGUCACUGAGAAGUCUCCAGUUGCAAACCCACAAUCUGUAAAUGGAGAAUCUGAAAUCCCACUGGCCAUUUCACAGGCAAAGCAGGAUAUUGACAGGUCCGUUGCGCUGCCAUCAGUAGCCAGGCCUUCCUUGGAAGAGAACAUUGUUCUUGGUGUUGCUCUGGAGGGCUCAAAACUAACCCUUCCAAUUGAGGAAGAAAUAGCACCGUCCACUUUGUCCACCGAGUCGAAGGAAUUGGGUGCUCACCAGAGUGGAAGUGGGCCUCAUCUGGUGGGCAAGGACAAGAAAGAUGGUCAGAUGCCAGUAGUUCACGGUGGCACCCAAAACAAUUAGUGUGAUACGCGAUUCCCUCCGCAUGCUGUUUUUAAACUUGCAAUGCUAUGAUUUGUAAUGCGCAGCUGUGUUUUUGAAGCUGGCAUUAUGCAUUGGUUGCUCAUCCUGUGCUUGUAAAUAAUGGUUGGAUUCAAAAUUCUUGGGCCAAUUCGAAUGGACUACAUAGGGAGAAAAAAUAAUAAAAAAGCCGACUGAUUCUUCCCAUUUA